UCAGACAGUCAGGGCAUUCAGCCUUUGGAAUCACCAGGAACUGUUCCCCUGUUGAAGCCCCUGAGCACCAGAGAGACGCUUCCUCCGGCUCCUGCGUCCACCUCCUACUCCCUCCGCAGCGCCGCCCCUCAGUCUCACCACUCCCACUCCGCCCUCACUCCCUCCUUCGGCGCCUCCGUCCACGCCUCCGUCCUCUAAGCCACCAUGGUGUCCCGCGCUCAAUCCAGAUUUUCCUCUCAGAGGACGUGGCUGGUGGCGGCGGUGGUGCUGGCCGUCCUGUGUAGCUUCGGUGUCCAGCGGGCCGCGGCGGGAAUCAUCAACGCCGAGUGUCCAAACAUGAUCGGGAAUCGUGACAUCUACAAGAAGGUGGACUGGAUCUGUGAAGACUGCGCCAACAUCUUCCGCAUCGACGGUCUGGGCAUGCUCUGCAGGAAGAACUGCUUUAGGAACAUCGACUUCCUGUGGUGUGUGUACGCCUCGGAACGGCACGCACAGAAGGACGACCUCACGCGUUACGUCAGCAUCCUCGGGCAAUAACUCCUGAGUGCCCCACCUGCCGCUCCCUCCCUCCCUCCCCGGGGUAUCUGCCGCUGCUGGAGAUGCCCCGAGGGUGAAGCCGAUGUCCGGGAAGCGCCUUGAAGUGAAGAGUGAAGUGCGUCUCUCCAGCAGCUGUCCCUCCCUCUCUGGCUGCUCUUCGUCCGUGGUGUAAGAAUCCAGCGGCUAAAGCCUUGGUUCAGUCUCUCGCGAGGAGCUUCGAUUGGCCUCCGUUCACCUCCAUUCAGUCGCUUGUCUCUGUUUAGCUCCGUUCACGCCUUCGUCUAUUGUUCAGCCGUUCACCUUCCGUUCACCUCGUUUACCCACAAAGCUCCACUUGUCAGUGCUUUCCUGGGUCCUCCAGAAAGGUCUUGCAUAUCAGGGACACUAUUUUAGCAUUGGGAAUUGGAGGUAACAGAGUAUAGGAAAAGACAAUUACAUUUUUAUUUGUGUACAUGGACGAGUAUUCGAAUGUAGAAGGCUGCUGUAGUAGUUGUAAUAUUAGCUGUAGUAUAUAGGAGGAGGAGGAGGAGCAGAAGGAGGAGCAGGAGUGGAAAAGGAAGAAGAGAGGAGGAAGAAGGUAUUUGAAAGUAGAAAUAAGUUGAAAGACAUCUCACUGAAACAGUAUUCUCAAAACUCUAGUCAACUCUAAAGCUGUUUGAGGGUUUUCUCUUUAUGAAUGUGUAUGUGUGAUCGUACUCUUGUUUAUUUGCAUUCUUGGUUAGUGUUGAAUCAUUCCUUUGUGUGUGAGUGUGUGUAUGUCAACUUCCUUUGUUAUUUUGUUUCACUUUGUGUUAUCCUCUCUCGUUUUGUCCUAAUUUAUUGAGGUUGUAGUAUUUAUUGAAAUCUGAGCCGCUGUGUUCUUCCACGUCUUAGAAUUAAUUGUGGCUGAUAAAAAAAAUAUAGAGAAACGAAAGAGCCCAACA